UCACUCAAACGAAUCAUGCUACGCGAAGGGAUACGUAGCAUAGCAUGAGCAGUAAUAACAAGAAGCCAUCAGGAGGCAAGGACGACAAGAAGAAUCCUUCCAGUAAAGAGGACAGCCCGUCGGGCGGUAAGGACGAUGGUGGUUCAGCCUCAACGGGAAGCAAUGGCGGUGCCACUGCAGGAGAACCGUCGCAGCCCGGAAGUAAGCCCAGCUCCGCCGGAGCGACCGCCAGAGAAGGGGCCCAAAGACUUUUGGGCCUGGCGGCACGCGGAGAAUGGGCCCCUGUGGACCAACUGCUCAAAACUCUGGAGAAGACGGUGCAGAGCGCAGGAGAAGAUGGCUUCAUCGUGCCGCUCGCCGGUGUUUUGGAUACGACGACGGGGAUGACGCCGUUAAUGUACGCAGUGAAGGAUAAUCGCAGCGCGCUGCUCGAUCGGAUGAUCGAGCUCGGAUCCGACGUAGGCGCCAGAAACAAUGAUAAUUACAAUGCUCUUCAUAUCGCUGCUAUGUAUUCGAGAGAAGAUGUCGUUAAAUUAUUGCUGUCCAAGAGAGGUGUUGAUCCUUAUGCCACAGGAGGGCCAAGACAACAAACGGCAGUUCAUCUGGUAGCAUCAAGACAAACGGGCACCGCUACGUCGAUCCUACGAGCUCUUUUGGGUUCUGCUGGACGUGACAUCAGGCUAAAGGUCGACGGAAAAGGAAAGAUACCUCUUCUGCUAGCAGUCGAGGCUGGCAAUCAGUCAAUGUGCCGAGAACUUUUAGCACAGCAAGCGCCCGAUCAGCUUCGUGCUACUACGCCAGCCGGCGAUUCUGCCCUGCAUUUAGCUGCUAGGAGAAGAGACAUCGACAUGGUGCGGAUUCUGGUGGAUUACGGCGCGGCUGUCGACAUGCAAAAUGGCGAUGGGCAAACUGCGUUACACAUAGCGAGUGCCGAAGGUGACGAAACCUUAGUAAAAUAUUUUUACGGUGUCAGAGCCUCCGCUUCGAUCACUGAUCAUCAAGAUCGAACGCCAAUGCAUUUGGCUGCAGAAAACGGCCACGCUUCUGUCAUCGAGCUACUGGCCGAUAAAUUUAAAGCAAGUAUCUUCGAAAGGACAAAAGACGGCUCCACCUUAAUGCACAUAGCAUCGCUCAACGGUCACUCAGAAUGUGCCACUAUGCUCUUCAAGAAGGGCGUGUAUCUGCACAUGCCAAAUAAACGUGGUGCCAGAUCUAUUCAUACGGCUGCAGGAUAUGGACAUGUGGGUAUUAUUAGCACUCUGCUGCAACGAGGAGAAAAGGUAGACGCGAUAACUAACGAUAACUAUACGGCACUCCAUAUAGCCGUAGAAAGUGCCAAACCGGCUGUCGUGGAAACUCUUCUAGGAUAUGGCGCAGAGGUACACGUGAGAGGUGGAAAACUUCGGGAAACUCCACUUCACAUAGCUGCCAGAGUGCCUGAUGGCGACAGAUGCGCUCUGAUGUUAUUGAAAUCUGGAGCAGGUCCGAAUUUGACAACUGAUGAUGGCCAAACACCUGUGCAUGUGGCAGCCAGCCAUGGGAAUUUAGCGACACUUCUUUUGCUCCUUGACGAUGGCGGAGAUCCGAUGUUUAAAUCAAAAAAUGGAGAGACACCCUUGCAUUUAGCCUGUAGGGGUUGUAGGGCUGACGUGGUCAAACACUUGAUAGAGUUCGUAAAGGAAAAGAAGGGUCCAGAAGUGGCGACCGCCUAUGUGAACAGUCUGACCAACGAAGGUGCCAGUGCGCUCCAUUACGCUGCCCAAAUCGAACCCUCGGAAGUCAGCACUCCCGGCGAUGAUCGCGCCGUGGUCCGCGCUCUUCUUGACAGCGGCGCGGACGUCUCUCUGCAAACUAGACAGGCCCAGGAAUCGGCGUUCCAUCAUUGCGCGCUCGCGGGUAAUAACGAGGUUCUAUCGGAGAUGAUCAGUCGCAUGUCAGCUACAGAGGUGCAAAAAGCCUUGAAUCGGCAAAGCGCCGUGGGUUGGACGCCAUUAUUAAUCGCAGCUCAUCGAGGUCAUAUGGAACUGGUGACCACGCUUCUCGCCAAUCACGGCAGAGUGGAUGUAUUCGAUCUCGAGGGUAGAUCCGCUCUUCAUCUAGCGGCUGAGCACGGCUACCUUCAAGUCUGCGAUGCGUUGCUGGCGAACAAGGCCUUUAUAAACUCUAAAUCGCGCGUCGGAAGGACCGCUCUGCAUCUGGCUGCCAUGAAUGGUUACACGCAUUUGGUACGCUUCCUCGUGCAGGAUCACGGCGCUGCAAUAGAUGUGCUCACAUUGAGGAAGCAGACUCCUCUUCACCUGGCGGCGGGAGCAGGUCAAUUAGAAGUCUGUAAAUUACUUCUAGAACUUGGUGCCAGUAUAGAUGCCACGGACGACCAGGGACAAAAACCAAUUCAUGCUGCGGCUAUGAACAAUUACGCCGAAGUGGCGCAACUCUUUCUGCAGAGGCACGCUAGUCUCGUGAUGGCCUGCACCAAGGAUGGCAAUACUUGCGCUCACAUCGCUGCCAUGCAAGGCAGCGUCCGGGUGAUCGAAGAACUGAUGAAGUUCGAUAGGCAGGGUGUGAUAACUGCUAGGAAUAAACUGACCGAAGCAACUCCUCUGCAAUUAGCAGCGGAAGGUGGACACGCUGAAGUAGUGAAGGCUCUGGUUAGGGCCGGCGCAUCCUGCGCUGACGAGAAUCGCGCGGGUUUCACUGCUGUUCAUUUGGCGGCUCAGCACGGUCACGGUCAGGUACUUGAAGUUAUGAGGUCGUCGCAAUCUCUUAGAAUAUCCAGCAAAAAGCUUGGUGUUACCGCACUUCACGUUGCUGCUUACUUUGGACAAGCCGAUACUGUUAGAGAACUGCUCACUCACAUACCUGGAACUGUGAAAUCCGAUCCACCAACCGGAGGAUCUUUAGUAGGAGAAUUAGGAGCUGAAUCCGGCAUGACUCCUCUUCAUCUGGCUGCCUAUUCUGGAAACGAGAAUGUCGUACGACUUCUUCUCAAUUCUGCGGGGGUUCAGGUAGACGCAGCGACAACAGAAAACGGCUGGAACCCUUUGCAUCUGGCUUGUUUCGGUGGUCACAUAACCGUCGUGGGUCUGCUGUUGAGCAGAUCGGCCGAAUUGUUGCAUAGCUCGGAUCGUUACGGCAAAACCGGACUGCACAUCGCGGCAACUCACGGGCAUUAUCAGAUGGUAGAGGUUCUUUUGGGUCAGGGAGCGGAAAUAAACGCGACUGAUAAGAACGGUUGGACACCGUUGCAUUGUGCGGCACGCGCCGGCCAUUUGGACGUUGUGAAGCUGCUUGUGGAAAGUGGUGGGUCUCCAAAAACCGAGACGAAUCUCGGCUGCGCACCGAUCUGGUUCGCCGCUUCCGAGGGUCACAAUGAUGUACUGAAAUACCUUAUGGAGAAGGAGCACGAUACGUAUGCUUUGAUGGAUGAUAGGAGGUUUGUCUACAACAUGAUGGUCUGCAGCAAAAGCCAUAACAACAAACCGAUAGAAGAAUUCGUUCUGGUGUCACCGGCGCCAGUCGACACUGCGGCGAAAUUAUCCAACAUUUACAUGAAGCUUUCUGAAAAAGAAAAAGAGCGUGCUAAGGACUUAAUUGCGGCCGGGAAACAGUGCGAAGCAAUGGCCACCGAAUUGCUGGCUUUAGCGGCGGGCGCCGACUCGGCCGGCAGGAUCUUGACGUCGAUGGAUCGCAGGAAUGUCGAGUUCUUGGACGUGUUGAUUGAGAAUGAACAAAAAGAGGUGAUUGCGCACACCGUAGUGCAGCGUUAUCUUCAAGAGCUUUGGCAAGGUAGCCUAAAUUGGAACGCGUUCAGGACGAUCCUGCUGUUCAUCGCCUUCAUCGUGUGCCCGCCGGUCUGGGUGGUGUUCGCCCUUCCGCUCGGCCACAAGUACAAUAACGUACCUAUCAUCAAGUUCAUGUCGUAUCUCACGUCGCAUAUCUACCUGAUGAUCUUCUUAUUGCUGGUUGGCAUUACACCAAUCUAUCCAGUGGUGAACAGAUACAACCUGAUACCGUAUUGGUAUGAAUGGUGCCUGCUGGUGAUGCUAUCAGGACUGUUGCUAUUCGAACUGACGAAUCCCAGUGACAAGAGCGGCCUUGGCUGGAUCAAAUUGGCUGUAUUGCUCUUCGGCAUAUUCGGCGUUGCGUUUCACCUGAUGGGAUUCGUAAUUGUGGAAAGACAAUACUGGCCGACUCUCCUCUAUCUGAGAAACCAGCUUUUUGCCCUCAGUUUCCUUUUAGCUUGCGUGCAGAUCCUGGACUUCCUGUCGUUUCACCAUCUGUUUGGGCCAUGGGCCAUCAUCAUCGGUAAUCUUAUGAAGGAUCUUGCGAGGUUCCUCGCGGUGCUAGCGAUCUUCGUCUUCGGCUUCUCCAUGCACUUCGUCGCGCUUAAUCAGGCGUUCAAGAACUACAAAUCGCCACAAGAAGCAGAGGUGGAGACUAAAAAACAUAAGGACGCAUUUUCCGACGAUUUGUUGGCCAAUGUUACGGAAUGGAUGAUGGAGACGCCACCAACGGCGCCUCCUCGUCGCACCGGCCGCUACAAGAAAAAGAAUGAGUGCUGUGACGAUAACAGCAGAGAUUUAAAGAUGAAUCCGGUACUCGCCUUCGAGUAUCUAUUCUUCGCCGUCUUCGGUCAAACAACCCACGGCGAGUUGAAGGUCGAGAACAAUCAGCCACAGUGGACCUCGGUCCUCUUCAAGUUGACCUUCGGAGUGUACAUGUUGGUCUCGGUAGUGGUGUUGAUUAAUCUACUGAUCGCUAUGAUGAGCGACACUUAUCAACGGAUACAGGCGCAGUCGGACAUUGAGUGGAAAUAUGGACUCAGUAAACUGAUCCGAAACAUGCACAGAACUACUACAGCUCCGUCCCCGUUAAAUUUGCUCACCACCUGGACCGUGUACUUCAUCAAGUUGUGUAAGCAGCGCACCGCUAAGCGCAAGCGACCCUCGUUGGUGCACAUGAUGGGAUUCGGGCGUGCUAGCCGUUUAUCGCCCAGGUCCAAGAUGGGCGCAAAAUGGUUGGCCAAGGUUAAAAAAGGUCAGGUCCGUCCAAAGGAUAGCGUGACUCUUUCCGUGGUGCAUCUCAGCCCGCUGGGCAGCCAGCUGUCCUUCAAUAGCGCGACCAGAAUAGAGAACGUAGUGGAUUGGGACUUAAUUAGGAAAAAGUAUCUCAUCCUAACUGGAAACGAGCCCGAGAAGGAGGAGGACAAGGAAGAAAAGAGCAACGAGGAUGAGAACGAAGAUGAGAACGGGCCGACAGCAUCCAACGCUUCGACGAUACCAGCGACAGUCUCGAAUCCGCCCACAUAAAAGAUUUAUCGUCGCUCUUUGCUAUUUUUCGAUCAAAUUAUCGAGUACGAGUUUUCGCGCGAAAAACGAGCAAACGAGCGACUAAGAUACUAUCGGCCAUCCUACUACCGUGCUCAGUAUUACCUACUAGAUAGCAGAUUU